UUCUUCGGCUGACGGCCGUUAGUCGUUUGCACGCUGCGUCCACGUUCACAUCUGCAAGGCGUGUGCUGUGAGAGACUUUAAAUAUAAACACACACGAGUUAAAAUCUUUGAUUAUGACAGUUUAUGGUUAAACACUCCAGAGUUAAACAAGUGAUGUUAACAAGCGUGCAAUAAUUAGACUGUAUUUAAAUUCAGUUCGAUUCCAAAUGCAACUCGGCAAACUGGAAGGUGAAUUCGAGCAUAUUACUACUGAGAUCAUGAAGACUGAGUUUCGAUUGUGUUCGGCGUGUGGCGAACCGAUCAGCGACAAAUUCCUGCUGGAAGUAUCCGGCAGGAAUUGGCACGCACGAUGUCUUCGAUGCUGUGUCUGCCAACUGCAAUUGGAUCGUCAACCGUCGUGUUUCAUACGCGAUAGAGCCGUCUACUGUAAAGCAGACUAUGCCAAAUCUAAUUUUUCUAGAAGCUUCGGUGCGAAGUGUUCGGUCUGCUCGCGGGGGAUCUCCAGCAGUGAUUGGGUGCGCAAGGCACGUGAUCAUGUCUAUCAUUUGGCGUGUUUUGCAUGCGCCGCAUGCCAUCGUCAAUUGUCCACCGGUGAAGAAUUCGCGCUGCACGAAGAUCGAGUCCUCUGUAAAGCACACUAUCUAGAAACACUUGAUGGCGGAACAACCUCAUCAGAUGAUGGUUGUGAUGCGGAAGGUUAUCACAAAAAUAAAGCGAAACGCGUACGAACGACAUUUACAGAGGAACAGUUGCAGGUGCUGCAAGCGAAUUUCCAGCUCGAUUCGAAUCCGGACGGGCAGGACCUCGAGCGCAUCGCGCAGAUCACCGGCCUGAGUAAGCGCGUUACGCAGGUCUGGUUUCAGAAUUCGCGCGCGCGACAAAAGAAGCACAUGCACACCGGCAAAGCGAAAACGCCCAUGCACGGAGGUGGACGUGAUGACAACUCAUAUGGUCGACAUAUCAACCUGCAUCUGACUUAUUCCUUCCAACAGCAAGCGAAUAACAAUAAAUCGUCGCUGUUUGGCCCACCAGAUUCAAUGGAUGAUUUGUCACAAGAAUCCACAAUGCAUUGCAUGCAGGGUGAAGUUUAGCCAUGAUAAAACCAACAACUGUGGAUGUGGAAGUCUACGAGUGUUAAUUAUCAAAUAUCUCCAUCACGAAGCACACAGUUCGAACUCCGGAGAUAUUUCGUGAUUUUUAAAUGUACUAUUUGUAGUAUUAAUGAUAUAUUUUGUUAUUUAGUCGUACUUAUUUAUUAUUGAGUUAUUAUGAGAACGAUACAUCACUGAACACACGGGGAAUGUAAACGAGAGCAGCGCGGAUCGAAGUUGAUUAUACAAAUUAGCUUGAAUACAUCGAUUUGCUGAAUCGUAUAGCAGUAUAUGUUAAACUCAAAGUUAAUUAUUGUACUGUUUAAUUAAGUGUAAAGAGAUGCAUGCUCGUAAUGCAGCAACAUGGAAAUAAAACAAUAUCACAGUUUAAA